AUGGCACAACUGCAGAGUCUGGUCGCUAACGUAAAGACCGUAUCCCCGCUCCUGGCAGGAUGCGGGCUCCUCGGGAUAUGGGUGCUGUUUCAGCUGUUUUCCUACCUUCGAGAUCCUUUGAGAGACAUACCCGGCCCAUUGGCGGCACGAUUCACCAGGCUAUGGUAUCUGAAAGAAGUCGCCUGCGGUCGUUUUGAGCAGACCAAUAUCGCCCUGCACAGAAAGUAUGGACCGAUUGUCAGGAUCGCUCCACACUACUAUUCCAUCGACGAUAUGAAUGCGAUCUCGACCAUUUACGGUCAUGGCACACAUUUUGUCAAGGGUAAAUGGUACAUCGCGUCGGCGACACCGACCAGUAAAGUGCCCAAUCUCUUCACUGAACUCGACCCCGACGUCCACUCGGCCGUUCGACGAAAGGUGGCUUCCUUGUACUCGAUGACAAGCCUGGUAGCCAUGGAGCCCAAUGCCGUGGAAUGUGCUCGGUUGUUGGCUGAGAAAUUCACCGCUUUGGCUGAGUCGCGCAAGCCGUUCAACCUGCAAGUGUGGCUGCAAUACUUCGCAUUUGACACCAUUGCCCUGAUUACACUGAGCAAACGAUUCGGCUUCCUCGACACCGGUGAAGACAAUGGCGGCAUGAUCGACGCCUUACACAAGUAUCUGCUGUACCUUUCCAAGGUCGGUGUGAUCCACGAGUGGCAUUCGACCUUGAACUGGAUCCUGUCGUUCAUGCCGAAGCAAGGCAUGCAUUACUUGGGAAGCUUCAUGAUAGACCAAGUCGCCGAAGGACAACGACAACGGCCCAAAGGAAGUCUCGAGAAGGAUGAGUCAAAGCCCACAGACGACUUUCUGACGAAACUGUUACGCAUGAACGCUCUCCAACCAGAAAAGUUCUCAAUGGAAGAUGUCUACUCCAUUUGCAUGACCAAUAUCGGAGCUGGGUCUGACACCACUUCUGUCAGUCUUGCUGGUAUCCUCUACUGCCUCAUGAAGAACCCAGAGGCACUGGAUAAGGUCAGAAAGGAGAUUGACGAAGCAAUGGAAGGCUGUGGGCCGGAUGAAAUGCUUAGUUUCCAAGAAACUCAGAAGCUGCCUUAUCUCCAGGCAUGUAUCAAGGAAGGUCUGCGUGUGCAUCCCGCUACUGGCCUACCCAUGGUGCGUGUUGUACCCAAAGGUGGGUCCACUAUUGCAGGACGAUAUUUUCCAGCAAAGACCGAGGUCGGUGUGAACAGUUGGGUGGCUCACGCCAACCAGCGCAUAUUCGGUCCAGAUGCGGACAAGUUCAGACCAGAGAGAUGGCUUGAGUCCGCGGAAAGGACAUCAGAUAUGAACAGAUACAUCAUGACAGCAAGUAGCCCCAAGCGCUGGGGCAAGACAUGUACUAACUGGUUGUCUUAG